AUGUAUAAUAAACAUCAUCUUUCUACAAAGAACCUUGAUGGACCAAAAUUAGAUACAACUCAAGUUCGACGUAAAAGUUGUGUAUGUGAUCAAUGUGGACAGACAGCACUCAAAGAAGAUCAAUUACCUAAUCAAUUAUGUGAAAUAGCCUAUCAUAAGAAAACAAGAUUGGCAGAUGUAUUUCUAAGUAAAUUGGAUGGAGCUAGAAAGUAUAUGAGAAAUGAUCAUAAAAAAAAGAAUUUUAGAAUCUAUGCAAGAAAUCCUUUAUUCAUUUUAAGAUCUAAACCAGAACUAGAUGAAAGUAUGCAUUUAUAAACAUCACCCUCAAAAUCAACAUCACCCUAAUAAUAACGUAUCAAAACUGAAUAACCAUAAAUUAUUCAUUCUCGAAGUCAUAAAUAUGUUCCAACUUCAAAUUGCUUUCUAUAAAAUAUUAAAUAAUAAGUCAUACGUCAAUAAAAAACAAUUAAUAGAUUACUUAAAGAUCGUAAAGCUAUACAAUCUGUAUAAUUCUCACCUUGUGAAAUUAUUCCUGUAACUAAAUCACCUUAGAAAAACAAAAAAAUAUUAAUCAAACAAUUAAAACCCUUACCAAAAUAAUAACAACUACAAACCAAAUUUAAUGGUCUCAUUAGAGAAUUCUUCAACUCCUCCAAAUCCAAAUAAUACUGA